CACACACACACACGAGCCUCUUGUGUGGAAGAAGUAACAAUACCGAAGCGACUGCCAAAUGGCCCAGUUGCUUCCAUGUGGUUUUGACUUUACGAUGUACUGCCGCGCGCGCGUCCACGAUUUUUGAAUUCAAUGUGUGAUGCUAUAAGACCUAUGUCCGGAAAAUAUUAUUCGUUCGAAUCGAAGUGACUAUAGUGCGGCAUAGUUGUGUAUUGUAACUAUUGUAAUCGCAUUAAUAAUAAUUAUUCGAUUUAAAACGAAAAUGAACGUUAAAAGAUGAAGUGGUUACUGUUGAUUUUGUUCAUCGCGCCAACUGUAUACCAAAUCAGAGUUGCAGGUAGUGUAAUAAAAAAAAAAGCCGAUGAACAACUGAAAACGUAUUUUGAAAAUGCACCACAAAAUGUGUUCGCGUCCGCAGGCCAAAACGUCCUACUGCCAUGCCGGGUGAGGCAUUUAAACGAUAAAGUGGUUUUGUCAUGGAUUAGAAUGCGUGACUUACAUAUACUUACUUCUGGUCCACAUUUGUUUACUAACGAUGGCCGGUUUGGGAUUCAACAUCCUCUUAGAGAUUCGGCUAUUUGGAAUUUGCAGAUCAAAGAUGUAUCUCCUAAAGACAUGGGUUCUUAUGAAUGUCAAGUAAACACUGAGCCAAAAAUUAAGUUCCUGGUCAAUCUCACUGUUUUUG